AUGAGCUUUACAAAGGUCAAUUUCCCUUCCAACGGCCUCAAUGUCGUCGGUGACUUCUAUGCCCCAGCUCCGGGAUCUCCUGACCGCCACGGCGCUGCUGUCGUUAUCGGCCAUCCCUACACCGGUGUGAAGGAGCAGGUGGCUUCUUUAUAUGCCAAGUACCUCUGCAAAGAGGGCUUCUAUGCUCUUGCAUUUGACGCGGCCUUCCAGGGCGAGAGCGGCGGCGAGCCUCGUGGGCUCGAGAAUCCCUUCCAACGGGUAGAGGACUUCAAAAGCGCCCGCAUUGGUGCGAUCGGUCUCUGCGGCGGUGGUGGUUACGUUUGCAAUGCCGCCCAGGCCGAUGUGCGCAUCAAAGCCGUUGUACCUGUCGUGCCAUUCUGCGUGGGGUACGCGGUCCGCCAUAACGGUCCGAACAGAGACGACAAGUUCAACCCAGAGGCUAUUGCUGGCGCUCUAGCGUUCAGUGCCACAACGCGUACCUCCAUGGCCACUGGGAAACACGUUGAUGCCAUCUCGCUCCUCCCCAACUCGCCAGCCGAAUGUCCCCCGGAACUGAACAGCUUCAUGCGCGAAGGUACCUCCUACUACAAGACCUCGCGUGGUUUCCACGAACGGAGCACUGGACGAGUCCACCCAAAGAGCUUUGAUCUCAUGGGGAAGUCUCAUUUUGACCUGUAUGAUGAUGCGUCGGAGACAGGACCAAAGAUUGUGGAGUUCCUGGCAAAGCACCUUUUAGCUUAA